AGAGGAACUGCUUUUGUGGGGUGGCAAUGAUGACAGGAGCAAAAAGGAAAAGAAAUGCAGUCUGGAGGAAGAUCCAGGCUGUUCGCUUUGAAGAUGUCAAAGUAUGGUGUAUGAGAAGGCUGCCCAUCUUGAAAUGGGUGCCUGUCUACAAUUGGAAGGAAAAUUUGGUUCCCGAUACAGUUUCUGGGAUGAUGCUAGCCAUCCAACAGGUGACUCAAGGGCUGGCCUUUGCUGUUCUGUCUUCAGUCCAUCCGGUUUUUGGUUUAUAUGGCUCUUUCUUCCCUGUCAUUAUUUACGCCAUAUUUGGAAUGGGACGUCAUGUUGCAACAGGUACUUUUGCCUUGACUUCCUUAAUAUCAGCCAACGCAGUUGAGCGUCUCCUUCCUUCAGUCAGCACUAAUUUCACUACAAACAAUAAUUCAGAAGUUUUGGGCCUAUCGGAGUUUGAAAUGCAGAGGAUUGGAGUUGCAGCAGCAGUUUCAUUUCUGGGAGGAAUCAUUCAGGUAGCAAUGUUUAUGCUGCAGUUGGGCAGUGCCACUUUCUUGUUAACAGAACCAGUGAUAAGCGCGAUGACCACGGGAGCAGCUACACAUGUUGUGACUUCUCAAGUGAAGUAUCUGCUGGGAAUGAAAAUGCCGUAUAUAUCAGGACCACUGGGAUUUUUUCAUAUUUAUGCCUACAUCUUUGAGAAUAUCAGGUCAGUUCAGUUGGAGGCUUUACUUCUCUCCUUGCUGAGCAUUGUGGUGCUUGUUCUUGUCAAAGAACUGAAUGAGAAAUUUCAGAGAAACAUUAAAAUUGUUCUUCCCAUCGAUCUUGUUUUGAUAAUUGCUACAUCAAUUGCUUGCUACUAUGCUGAUAUGGAAUACAUCUACGGGCUUGAAGUUGUGGGACAUAUUCCUGAAGGGUUACCAUCACCAAAACCACCACCCAUGAACGUCCUGCCUGAAGUAGUCACUGAAGCUUUUGGAGUAGCACUGGUUGGUUAUGUAGCAUCACUAUCUCUUGCUCAAGGCUCUGCUAAAAAGUUUAAAUACACUGUGGAUGACAACCAGGAAUUUUUGGCUCAUGGACUCAGCAACGUGAUUCCUUCAUUUUUCUUUUGCAUACCAAGUGCUGCAGCAAUGGGGCGGACGGCACUUCUGUACAGUACAGGCGCCAAAACACAGGUGGCUUGCCUUAUCUCUUGUGUAUUAAUUCUUGUGGUGAUCUAUGCAAUUGGACCUAUGCUGUACUGGCUGCCUAUGUGUGUGCUAGCAAGCAUUAUUGUUGUGGGCUUAAAGGGGAUGCUAAUGCAGUUCCGUGACUUAAAAAAAUACUGGAACGUGGAUAGAAUAGACUGGAUCAUAUGGGUUAGUACCUAUGUGUUUACAAUAUGUUUUGCUGCUAACGUGGGACUGUUGUAUGGUGUUGUCUGCACUACAGUAACCAUGAUUUUCCGCUUUCCCAGAGCAAAGACACUGAACUUGAAAAAUGUGAAAGUGGAAUAUAAAUACAAAACAGAAGAUAAUUGUGAAUCAUUAAAACAGGUAAAGAUAGUUUCAGUCAACAACCCGUUAGUCUUUCUGAAUGCCAGGAAAUUUCAUGCUGACCUGACAAAGAUAAUCCAAAAGGAUAGCACCAGCAGCCAGGCAUGUGAAGAUGUAAACAAGUGUGAGCAGAACACAUUGCUCUGUUCAUUUUCCAAUGGAAGUUGUCAUGGUGAGUCGCAGUCAUGUCACACUGAGCGAUGUGUUUUGAUACUAGACUGCAGUGGACUGGAUUUUUUUGACUACACUGGAAUAUCAGUGCUGCUUCAGAUUUACAUGGACUGUAAAAGCAGACACAUCGAUGUGUUGCUAGCACACUGCAAAGCUUCCUUGAUAAAAGCAAUGCAGCAUGGUGGAAAUCUUGAAUCUGAAAAACCUGUCUUCUUUGAAUCUCUUUCUUCAGCAAUUGAUGCCAUUCAAAUUCACAGGAAUUACAGCAAGUUUAGUGAACAGAGUGAAGUGUGA